UCCGGCGCGGGAGGUUUAGAGAGCUCUCCAGUCUGUCGGGAAUUUUGGGAAAUACCAGGUUUAAGACUAAUUUUUGUUCACGCGUCUGUGUGUCGUCCUGGUCCCCUCGGGAACUGGGACGUGUGCUCCCGGGGCCUGCGCGGGAAGAGUCACUUCCGGCCCAGGUGUGCGAGGCCGUGGCCCGCGUUCCUCUCAGAAAGGAGAUGGUGACGUUCAGGGACGUGGCUGUGGUCUUCAGCGAGGAGGAGCUGGGGCUGCUGGACGCUGCCCAGAGGAAGCUGUACCGUGAUGUGAUGCUGGAGACCUUCAGGAUGCUGCUCUCAGUGGCACCCCAGCCCUUUACACUGGGUCUGAUAGCCCAGAUGCAGAAUUUAGAGGAGCUCUGCAUGGUGGAGGCUCAAGGAGGAAGCCAUGGUGGACAUGCUGUGGAGAAUGAUGAAGACAUGGAGUUAAGCUCCCUUUGUCCCAGAGAGCUCUCCUCCUGUCAGACCUGGCCACAGGGUGCAGGCUUGUUACCCAGGGAUCAGGAUUCCAUGAAAAGAUGUUUAAAGAGCAACACCGAGUCUCAGAACCAGGGAGAUUCUUCCUUCCUGGUGUGCGCAGGGAGGCUGGUUCAGAUUUCUGAGGAUGGGAACUACAUGUUGCCUCCUGUAGAUGAUGACUCUGCCUCUCUGAGAAGUCAAGAGUUUCCUUCACUGAGAGCCCAGCAGUCUUGGCAGGAAUCACAUCUCAGUGGGUCGUGUAAUUGCCAAUGGAAAGGUCAACAAAUGCCCACGAGAAAUCAUUUCCGUGGAUGUGACAGCGUCAGUUGGUUCUCAUACCACAGUGACAGCGAGGAGUUACACAGAAAGGGGGAAAGCUAUAGUUUCCAUGACCUCAGAGAAGAGACCAUGAAGGUAUCUUCACUUAAGCAGGACUUGAUUAAAUUAGGGCUGGUGCCCUGCCCAUGUAGUGAAUAUAGAAAAGCCUGUGGCCAUGGUGACAGCAAUGAGCCCGGCUCUCACACAUAUCAGCAGUUCAGCUCAAGAGGGAAGCCCUGUCCAUGCAGUUCACAUGGAGAGGGCUGUCAGGACAGGUCAGCUCUUCACAUCCAUCAGAGUGUGGAAACAGGAGAUGAAGGUGCAGCUGAGAGUUCUCUUCUGUGGUCCCCUCUGAGACUGUGUACAGAGCAAAUGCUGUGCCAGGGCAGUGAGAAUACCCAUCAUGCCUCCCCUCUCAACACUUGUGGAUGUGUCCACCUGGGCGACACCUCCCAGAAGAGCGGCAUUCCUGGGAAAGCUUUGCCUUGUUGUUUACACUAUAAUAGUAAUUUUAGGGUCCACACUAGGGGAGAGCCCAACAAGUGUGAGGAGAAUGGGAAUGUUUCUAGUCAGAGUUUAUAUCUUCAAGCUAAUCAGGAAAUCCACGCUGAAGAGAAACUGUAUCCAGAUGUGGAGUGUAGAAAAAAUUUCACACAUUGCUCAAAUUUUAACACUGAGCACAGAGUUCACAUGGAAGAGACUGUCUAUAACUCUGAGUGUGGUGACCACUUCAGUCUGCCCCCACAUUUCCAGGACUUUUCUGCAAUGUACCCCAGGGAACAACCACAUAAACAUGCAUGCAGUACAAGCUUCGACCAAAAAUUGUGUAUUUCAAGCCAUCAACAACUUGACGUCAUUGAGAAACCUACUUAUAAAGAGGGUGGGAAUGGUUCUAACUGGAGUCCUAGCCCCCAAGAUCAGCAGAAACCUAAGCCACACAAAUGCAACACCUGUGGGAAAUGCUUCAGUGACAGAUGGGUUCUUACCAUUCACCAGAGAGUCCACACAGGAGAGAAACCAUAUCAAUGUAAGGAGUGUGGGAAGUGCUUCAGUCAGAGUGCCUACCUACACUCCCACCGGAGAGUUCACACUGGAGAGAAACCAUACAAGUGUGAGGAGUGUGGGAAGGUCUUAAGUCGAAAUUCUUACCUGCAAGGCCACCAGAAAGUUCACACUGGGGAGAAACCAUACAAAUGUGAGGAGUGUGGGAAGGGUUUUAGUCGGAGUUCACACCUUCAAGGUCACCAGAGAGUUCAUACUGGAGAGAAACCAUACAAGUGUGAGGAGUGUGGGAAGGCCUUCAGCUGGAGCUUUAAUCUUCAAAUUCAUCAGCGGGUUCACACAGGAGAAAAACCUUAUAAAUGUGGAGAGUGUGGCAAAGGCUUCAGUAAGGCCUCAACUCUCCUGGCCCACAAGAGAGUCCACACGGGAGAGAAGCCUUACCAGUGUGGUGAGUGUGGGAAGGAAUUCAGUCAGAAAUCAUACCUUCAAAGCCACCAGAGCGUUCACUCUGGAGAGAGACCAUAUAUAUGUGAGGUGUGUGGGAAGGGCUUCAGUCAGAGAGCAUAUCUACAAGGUCACCAGAGAGUCCAUACCAGAGUGAAACCAUAUAAGUGUGAGAUGUGUGGGAAGGGCUUCAGCCAGAGUUUUCGCCUCGAAGCACACCACAGGGUCCACACAGGGGGAAAACCAUACAAGUGUGAUAUGUGCAUGAAGGGAUUUAGUGAGAGUUCCCGUCUCCAAGCACAUCAGAGGAUCCACACAGACGAAAGACCCUACAAAUGUGAACAGUGUGGUAAAGGCUUCAGUGGGUAUUCCAGUCUCCAGGCCCAUCACAGAGUCCACACUGGGGAGAAGCCAUACAAAUGUGAGGUGUGUGGGAAAGGCUUCAGCCAGAGGUCAAAUCUUCAAGCUCACCAGCGACUUCAUACAGGAGAGAAACCCUAUACGUGUGAUGUGUGUGGUAAGGGUUUUAGGUGGAGCUCAGGCCUUCUGAUCCAUCAAAGAGUCCAUAGCAGUGAUAAUUUCUGUUGGGGGGGAAGAGUACAGGAAUGGCCAGACUUCUGAGAACCUAUGCAGAAACGAAGGCCUGUCAAAUGCUGUUCUGUUUUGUUAAUUAAAAUGUAGUCUUUGUACCCAACAUGAAUGCCAGGGUGGCUGGGAAACAACAUGGUAUAGAGCCCUACUGAGAGCUUGCUGAAGUCUCAACAAGCUAUUGCAGAGGAUCAAGAACUUUCCAACCUGCAUGUCAGCAGAAAUUAACAAAAAUAUGAUGUCCAUGUCCACCAGAACAGAAACUUGAUGACAGAGACUUUGUCCAUUGCCAGGGUUUCAAGAGCAUGAUUGGAGAGGUGGCUCUACCAUGAUGAAUACUGUCUGCUUUUGAAGAACAGAUGGCAGAUACCUGACACCUAUAUCAGGCCCAGACAUAUGUUCAGGCAAAACACUCAUAUACGGAAAAAUAAGUAAAUGAAUGAAACCAUGUGUAGUCAGAUGUUUUUUUUCCCUGACUGCCUGGUUCCAAAUAAUCACUCAGAGACUUAUAUAAAUUACAAAUGCUCAGCCAAUAGCUCAGGCUUAUUACUAGAUAACUCUUACACUUAAACUAAUCCAUAGUACUUAUCUAUGUUUAGCCACAUAACUUGGUACCUUUUCUCAGUAUAGCAUUAUAGCAAGAAUUCUAAUUGGUCUUAAUAAAAACCUGGAGUCAGAUUUUGGGGUAAAUGCUGAAAGAUCAGAGAGACAAAGGAGCAAACCAUAGCCAUCCCUAACCUUGCCAACUUCUCAGUCCCAAAAGGACUAAGCUCUUGUCUUCACCCUGCCUUAUCACCUCCUCUCCCCAGCCAUAUCAUUUCCUGUUUCCUCCUCCCAGAUGCUGGAAUUGAAGGUGUAUGCCACCAUUGCCUGGCCUCUAUGAUUAAC